AUGAAGUUCUACAUUGAUGAUUUACCGGUUCUUUUCCCAUAUCCAAGGAUUUAUCCUGAACAAUAUGCUUAUAUGUCAGAUAUAAAAAAGACUUUAGAUGUUGGUGGGAAUAGUAUAUUAGAAAUGCCUUCAGGAACAGGUAAAACUGUUUCAUUAUUAUCAUUAACAAUAGCUUAUCAAAUGCAUUAUCCAGAACAUAGAAAGAUUGUUUAUUGUUCACGUACAAUGUCAGAAAUUGAAAAAGCUUUGAUUGAAUUGCAUAAUCUUAUGACUUAUAGAGCAAAAGAAUUGGGUUAUGUUGAAGAUUUUAGAGGUUUAGGUUUAACUUCAAGAAAAAAUCUAUGUUUACAUCCAACUGUUAGUAAAGAGAAAAAAGGUUCAAUUGUUGAUGAAAAAUGUCGAAGAAUGACUUCAGGUUUAGCUAAAAGAAAAAUUGAAUCUGGUGAAACUGAAAAUGUUGAUUUAUGUGAAUUUCAUGAAAAUUUAUAUGAAUUAGAACCUGAUAAUUUAGUACCACCAGGUGUUUAUUCAUUUGAUUCAUUAACAAAUUAUUGUAAAGAUCAAAAAACUUGUCCAUAUUUCACAGUUCGUCGUAUGAUUCCAUUUUGUAAUAUAAUUAUUUAUUCAUAUCAUUAUUUAUUAGAUCCAAAAAUUUCUGAAAGAGUUUCAAAAGAAUUAUCAAAAGAUUCAAUAAUUAUUUUUGAUGAAGCACAUAAUAUUGAUAAUGUUUGUAUAGAAUCUUUAUCAUUGGAUUUAAAUAAUGAUGUUUUGAAAAAAGCUUCAAAAGGUGCAAAUAGUUUAUCUAAAAGAAUUGAAGAAGUUAAAAAAACUGAUUCUAAAAAAUUACAAGAUGAAUAUGAAAAAUUAGUAUCUGGUUUAAGUGCUGCUGAUAUUAUAAAUAAUGAACAACAAAUGAUGGAAACUCCAGUAUUAUCAGAAGAUUUAUUAAAAGAAGCUAUACCUGGUAAUAUAAGAAGAGCUGAACAUUUUGUUUCAUUCCUAAAAAGAUUUAUAGAAUAUUUGAAAACAAGAAUGAAAGUUUUACAUGUUAUUUCAGAAACUCCAACUUCUUUCUUACAACAUGUUAAACAGCUGACAUUUAUUGAAAGAAAACCACUUAGAUUUUGUUCAGAAAGAUUAUCUUUAUUGGUACGAACGCUAGAAAUUACAGAUGUUGAAGAUUAUAAUGCAUUGAAAGAUGUUGCAACUUUUGCUACUUUAGUUUCCACGUAUGAACAAGGUUUUGCUUUGAUUUUGGAACCUUAUGAAACUGAAAAUGCAACAGUUCCAAAUCCAAUAUUAAGAUUCACAUGUCUAGAUGCUUCAAUUGCUAUAAAACCAAUUUUUGAAAGAUUUUCUUCAGUUAUUAUUACAUCAGGUACUAUCUCUCCAUUAGAUAUGUAUCCAAGAAUGUUAAAUUUCGAGACAGUUAUUCAAGAAUCUUAUUCAAUGACUUUAGCUAAAAGAUCUUUCUUACCAUUAGUUGUUACAAAAGGUUCGGAUCAAGUUGCUAUAUCUUCAAGAUUUGAAAUCAGAAAUGAUCCAAGCAUUGUUAGAAAUUAUGGUUCUUUAUUAAUUGAAUUCUCUAAAAUUACUCCAGAUGGUAUGGUUGUUUUCUUUCCAUCAUAUCUUUAUAUGGAAUCUAUUAUUUCAAUGUGGCAAACAAUGGGUAUUUUGGAUGAAGUUUGGAAAUACAAAUUAAUUCUUGUUGAAACACCAGAUGCUCAAGAAACUGCAUUGGCUCUAGAAACAUAUAGAACAGCAUGUUCAAAUGGUAGAGGUGCUAUUUUACUAUCCGUUGCUCGUGGUAAAGUCUCAGAAGGUAUUGAUUUUGAUCAUCAUUAUGGUCGUACUGUUUUAAUGAUUGGUAUUCCUUUCCAAUAUACUGAAUCAAGAAUUUUAAAAGCAAGAUUAGAAUUUUUAAGAGAUCAUUAUCAAAUUAGAGAAAAUGAUUUCUUAUCUUUCGAUGCUAUGAGACAUGCUGCUCAAUGUUUAGGUAGAGUUUUAAGAGGUAAAGAUGAUUAUGGUGUUAUGAUUCUAGCUGAUCGUCGUUUUGGUAGAAAGAGAAAUCAAUUACCUAAAUGGAUCCAACAAGCUUUAUUGGAUGCUGAUACUAAUUUAUCAACUGAUAUGGCUGUUGCAAAUGCAAAACAAUUUUUAAGAACAAUGGCUCAACCUACAAAUCCUAAAGAUCAAGAAGGUGUUUCUGUUUGGGAUUUGGAACAAUUACAAAAUUUCCAAAAACAACAAGUUACUGAUUUAGGUGAAGAUGAUGAGAUGGAAAUUGAUGAUGGUGAUCAACCUGCUCUUACACGUGAAGAAGAGGAGGAAUUAGCAAAUCUAUAG